AUGCCGAAGAAAUUUGCUGGUGAAAAUACAAAAGCAGCAGCAGCGCGUGCACGUAAAGAUGCAGCCAAGAAAGAGCAGGAGGAAAAGAAGAAAAAAGCCGAGGAAGAUGCGUACUGGCAAGACGACGAUAAAAAUACCGCUCGAAAACAGCAGCGCAAAGUUAGUGGACAAGUUUUUGUUUUUAUCUAG